GCAGCGCUACCAAUCGCCAAACAAUUGGGAACAUCACGUCAUAUUUCAAUAAAAAAUAAUUUAUUGCAAACGUUAAUCCCAAUUAAACUUGCUUUAAAUCAGAAAAUUGCUCGUUUCGAUUACGGGCAACCUUAUUCAAAUAAGGUUACAACCAUUAAUAAUUCAGUUAACUUUGAGGUUAUCUCCUAACCUCGGGCAUUACAGUAACCGCAACCCCCUCGUGACCUUCGAAAUUCGUGAUGCUUAUCACUGGCUAUUAGCUCCAAAAAUGUCUCAGCCGCCGGCUAGAAACGUAUGGAAAGCGGUUUUAACGAAUUUCAUAAAUUCCUUAAGACCCAGACAAAUCAGAGGCAAUUUGGUUGGAAGUGAUUAUUUUGGUAACAAAUUCUACGAGAUCCCUGCCGACCCUUCAAUUGGCAAAAGAAAAGCGUCGCGGUGGUUCGAGCCCCCGAAAAAAGAUGAUUUCCAGCAGGAAAUGCCCGCUGAAUGGGAGGCCUGGCUCAGGGGGCGCAGGAAAGAGCCUCCGACUGACGACGAAGUGAUGAGGAAUUAUGCGCUGAUGCAGACGAAAAAGAAAAAUGCCAUUGCGGUUGACGCCAAAGGGGGGAAAAUGACGCCUAUGGAAAAGGGGAUGGAGACCUUCCCCAAAAGACCUGAGUUCGAAAUGAUCCCGGGGCAGAAACAGGACAAGUGAUAGUAGGGGUUGUAAAUAUUGUAGAUAAUUGAAAUAAAUGUUGCACUUUA